UGUGUGUGUGUGUGUGUGUAACAUCAUUGUUGAGACCAGAGAGCCUGCUGAUCAGAAGCUACUGAUACAAGGGUUACUGCUGAAUGUCACACACCAAUGAACACACUUUACAGAGGUACACACAGCUUUUACAGCUAUGGAGGAUUAAGGUUCAUUCAUCAUCUGUCUGGUCUUUCUGAAGUCCUUAUCUUCAUGGUUUGAGUGUGAGUACGUUUUGAACUCUUAAGCACCGUUCAUCUAUAUACACCUAGCCUUGGUGUAAACCCUUAUCCUCCUCCCCUCCCCUCCCCUCUAGCAUGGACUUCUCUAACUGUACAGAGGGGAUCUUCUCCCUGGGCGAUGGGAGUGAAGAGGUUUCUAUAAUCCCCCCAAGUAAGAUCCUCCUCACCUUCACCCUGUCCCUGCUCGCUGUCAUGACAACAGCCAUCAACUCCCUGGUGAUCACAGCCAUCAUCGUAACCAGGAAGUUGCAUCACCCGGCCAACUACCUGAUCUGCUCUCUGGCAGUGACAGACCUGUUGGUGGCCAUCUUGGUCAUGCCCUUCAGCAUCCUCUACAUACAGAGGGAGAGCUGGCAGAUGGGAGAGGCCGUGUGUUACAUGUGGCUGAGUGUUGACAUCACCUGCUGCACCUGUUCCAUCCUCCACCUGGCAGCCAUCGCUCUAGACCGCUACCGGGCCAUCACUGACGCCGUGGAGUAUUCACGCAAACGCACUGGCCUCCGAGCUGGGAUCACUGUUGGCGUGGUAUGGUUUCUGUCCAUCCUCAUAUCCCUUCCCCCUCUCCUGUGGAGGAACCAUGGUGGGGAGCCAGAAGAGGACCAGUGUCUGAUAACUCACCACCACAUCGCCUUUACCCUCUACUCCACCCUGGGAGCCUUCUAUAUCCCCCUGCUCCUCAUCCUCAUCCUAUACUACAAGAUCUACAGAGCAGCUCAGACUCUGUACCUCCGCAGGGGGGCCAGCAGGGGGGCCAGCAGGGCCAGCCGACACUCCUCCAUGGUCAACGGAACCACCCUCCCCUCCUGCCCCCCUGAUGGGGGCCCCGACACCCUGAACCUCCAGGAGAAGUCCUACUCAGACCCCACCACAGAGGGAGACCGUGUGCGCAUUACCGUAAAGAGUCCCCACAGCGAGUCGAGGCGGGAGCGUGAGUGUUCGUUGAGACGGCAGCGUAUCUCAGGGACCAGGGAGCGACGUGCUGCAUCUACGUUAGGACUGAUACUGGGGGCCUUCGUGGUCUGCUGGCUGCCUUUCUUCCUGAAGGAGGUGAUCGUCAACACGUGUGGCUCCUGCAGCACCUCCAUGGAGCUGGCUGACUUCCUCACCUGGCUGGGGUACCUCAACUCCCUCAUCAACCCUCUCAUCUACACCAUCUUCAAUGAGGACUUUAAGAAGGCCUUCCAGAGAUUGGUCAGGUGUAGGCAUCGCCUCUGACACGGAUGGAGAGGACACACAUGCACACACACACAAAAACACGUGCACGGCGUUCAGUUGUGUUGGGCCCGGGAUGGCAUCUGAUUGCCUGAGAUCAGAGACUAUCGACAAGAGACUUUAAAUUAUUAACCGGAGGAAAUGGCCUUUAAGACUAUGUCAAGACUAUGAGACACUCCAGCCAGGUCAGUCUAAUGGGACUGGCACAUUGCUGAGGUCUGGAGGGAAGUUAGGAGGACCUCAGAUCCAUAAGAGUCUAUUUAUGGAGAGCCCUGCAAUCAUCAUCUUCUUGUUUGUAUGGGUUAUUGACGUGGCCGGAAUGGUGUUUCAUGACAUUGAAAGGACAAUGUUUAAAUGAACAGACUGAAACAGAAUACAACUCAGAAAAGCUUACUAUGGUGUUUCUGUCUGUUCUAGAACUAUCAACCUCCCCAA